GGUAAUUUUAUGAAGAAUUGUAAUUAAUUUGUAAGAAAAAUUAUUUUUUUUUAGUAAAAUUGUUACAUAAUCCGUAAUUACUAUGCUCACGAAGUCUCUUUUUGGAGGCCUGAGGGUGGCCAGAGCCCACGUUAUCGUCAGCAGAAACUUGGCGGCGGCCCAGAGUGCUUCCGAUCCUAUCCAGCAACUUUUUCUUGAAAAACUUAGGGAGUACAAGCAAAAGAGCUCUGGUGGCAAACUAGUAGAUCCAACCCCCGAAAUCGAAAAGGAACUCAAAACGGAAUUGGAAAAACUGGAAAAGCACUAUGGAGGUGGUUCCGGAGUGGACAUGACACAGUUCCCCACAUUCAAGUUCGAGGAACCUAAGCUGGAUCCCAUCGACGAACCCCAGGCUGCUGCUAAGAAGUGAACUGUUAGGUCAUAAUGACUCUGUGAGCAUCUGUAUGAAGUAAAUAAUAAAUUAUUGUUAGUACCACCCA